CACCCCCUCCGUCUCCGACUCGGUCGGGGAGUGUUUCUUUCGGCUUACUAGUGCAGGUUCGAGAGGGUCAGAGCCCCUCAGAGGUGGCCGUUGCGGCCGAGGGAGGGGUGCGUGUACGCAGCAACAAUCAGGCCUCCUCCUCAGGCCGCUCGUGGUGUGCGAGGAGCCCUCUCCGUUUCCGCCCUCGUCCAGGCUGCUGGGAGCUCCGGUCUUGGGGGCGACCUUUCCAUUCUGGUUUCCUUGCCUGGGCUCGUAGUAUACCCAGGCUUUAUUUAGGGCCAAAGUGUCCUUGAUAAUCUCAUUUUUCUGUUUUGCAGGAAUCCUGCUGCUCAAUUUGCGGCCCUGCAGUUUUAGUGAGUAGUUCUGUGCUCACUAUUUCCGAUCUUGUCAGAGGACGGCUUCACUUUCAGUGGAAUUGCUGGAGUAACUGCCAUGUGUUGUCAUGUAAACAAGUCCUUUUUAACUGCGCCUGUAGUUGUCCUUUGUUAACAGUGUUUUCUUAUAUCAGAAACUUUCCUGACCUAGGACGGACAAAAAAAAAAAAAAGCUCAAAUAGGAUCACACAUCUGCUUAAAUCCUAACUGGAGAGACCCUUUCCCUGAGCUAUCUAAACUGGGGAUGGAGGCAGCCUCUAGGGUGCUCCCAGCCUUGGCUGGCCAGACUUCAGAAGAACAAGAAGAGAUUAUUAAAGUAAAGGUGAAAGAAGAAGACCAUUUUUGGGAUCAGGAAUCCUGCCUACCUAGGAAUUUGUCUCAUACCAGGGAACUCUCUCGUCAGCGCUUCAGGCAGUUCUGCUAUCAGGAGACACCUGGGCCCAGGGAGGCUCUGAGUCAACUGCGGGAACUUUGCUGUCAGUGGCUGAGUCCAGACAUACAUACCAAGGAGCAGAUCCUGGAAUUGUUGGUGCUGGAACAGUUCCUGACCAUCUUGCCUGAGGAGCUCCAGGCUUGGGUGCGGGAACGUAAUCCUGAGAGUGGGGAGGAGGCGGUAAUUGUGCUGGAAGAUUUGGAGAGGGAGCUUGAUGAACCCAGACAGCAGGUCCCACAGGGCACAUAUGGGCAGGAAGUUCCUAUGGAAGAAAUGACCCCUCUGGAUUCUGCAAAGGAAUCCUUAGGCACCCAGCUCCAGUCUAUGGAAGACAGAAUGGAAUGUGAAUCUCCAGAGCCACGCUCACUUCAAGAUAAUGGGUCAUUUUUGUGGCUUUCCAUGAUGUCUCAAAACAUGGGCGAUGAUAACCUCAGUAACUUAGAUACUAAUGAAGCAGAAAUUGAACCAGAAGACAUGAGAGAAAAGUUCUUCAGAAGCUUAGCAGUAUUACUGGAAAAUAAAAGUAAUAAUACUAAGAUAUUUUCUAAAGCAAAGUACUGUCAAUUGAUAAGGGAAGUGAAAGAGGCUAAAGCUAAGGCAAAAAAGGAAUCAGUUGACUACCGUCGCUUGGCUAGAUUUGAUGUGAUCCUUGUGCAAGGAAAUGAGAAACUGAUUGAGGCUACAAAUGGGGAAACAGAUAAAAUACGGUAUUACUUACACAGUGAGGACUUAUUUGACAUUCUGCAUGAUACACAUCUCAGCAUUGGACAUGGUGGACGUACCCGCAUGGAAAAAGAGUUACAAGCAAAAUACAAGAACAUCACAAAAGAAGUUAUAAUGCUAUACCUGACACUCUGUAAACCAUGCCAACAGAAAAAUUCAAAACUCAAGAAAGUUCUAACAUCAAAACCAAUUAAGGAAGUUAAUUCAAGAUGCCAAGUAGAUCUUAUAGACAUGCAAUUGAAUCCUGAUGGGGAGUAUAAAUUUAUUAUGCAUUAUCAAGACCUUCAUACAAAAUUAAGUUUUUUGCGGUCAUUAAAAUCUAAAAGGCCUAAGGAAGUUGCACGUGCUCUAUUAGAUAUUUUUACAAUUAUUGGGGCCCCUAGUGUCCUACAAUCUGACAAUGGAAGGGAAUUUUCAAGUCAGAUUGUCAGUGAACUCAGUAAUAUUUGGCCAGAAUUGAAAAUUGUCCAUGGGAAGCCUCGGAGCUGCCAAAGCCAAAGUUCUACAGAACAAACUAAUGAGGAUAUAAAAAAGAGGAUUUUUUCCUGGAUGCAAACUAAUAACUCUUCACACUGGGCUGAAUUUUUGUGGUUCAUUCAGAUGACCCAAAACCAGCCCUAUCACAGAGGCAUGCAGCAAACUCCAUGUGAAGGUACAUUUAGCUCUGAAGCUAAACUGGGUCUGUCCCACUCUCAGUUAACUGAAGAACUUAUUGGCAGCCUGCACUCAGAAAAUGAAUUAGAUCAAGCUGACAAAGAGUUAGAAAAUAGUCUCAGAGCCCAGUAUGAAGAAAACAUUGAGACAGGAACAGAGAGUAGUGAUACUGAAGAGAAUCUUUCUGUUACUCCUAAGGUGGCUGAAAAAAACUCUCCUGAGAGCAGACUGAGAUUUUUAUCCUGUGUAGUUUGUGAAAAAGAAUGCACAGGUGCUAAUAGUUGUACAUCAUGUGAUGGAAAUGUCCAUGCAGUAUGUGGAGUGCCACCUCAACAUGAGACCGAAGGCUGUGGUCACCAGAUAACUUGUAGUCUUUGUUACAAAACCAAUACAAUGAAAAGGAAACAUCAUGGGAUUCAAAGAAGUUUGCCUGUUCAACCUUCCAAAAUGCUAAAGCCAUCAGAGACACCCUUUUCACGAGACAAAGUAGGAGACUGGAGAAUGAAACAAGCUUCACUGGACUUCUUUGUCAAGAAAAGACACACCUUUUCUGAAUACAGAAGUAGUAAUAAAAGAAAUGGUAAUAAUAGAAGACAUCUUGAAGACGGGAAAACCAAAAGAGUUCAUACUAGUUUUACUCGGAAAUAUGACCCUUCAUAUAUUGAGUUUGGUUUUGUAGCUGUAAUUGAUGGUGAAACACUAAAACCACAGUGUAUUAUCUGUGGAGAUGUACUAGCUAAUGAAGCAAUGAAACCAUCAAAACUUAAGCGACAUUUAUAUUCAAAACAUAAAGAAAUAAGUUCACAACCAAAAGAAUUCUUUGAAAGAAAGAGUAGUGAAUUAAAAAGUCAACCAAAACAGGUAUUCAAUGUUUCUCAUAUAAAUAUUAGUGCUUUGCGGGCUUCUUAUAAAGUAGCACUUCCAGUUGCUAAAUCUAAAACACCUUACACAAUUGCUGAGACGCUAGUGAAAGACUGCAUCAGAGAAGUUUGCUUGGAAAUGUUGGGUGAAUCUGCAGCAAAGAAGGUAGCUCAAGUACCACUUUCCAAUGACACCAUAGCUCGACGUAUUCAGGAACUGGCUAAUGAUAUGGAAGACCAACUCAUAGAACAAAUAAAGUUAGCAAGGUAUUUUUCAUUGCAACUUGAUGAAUGCCGAGAUAUUGCUAACAUGAUAAUUCUUUUAGUUUAUGUGAGGUUUGAACACGAUGAUGAUAUAAAGGAAGAAUUCUUUUUCUCAGCCUCUUUGCCUACAAACACAACUAGCUCAGAACUAUAUGCAACUGUGAAGAAUUAUAUAGUUAAUAAAUGUGGUUUGGAAUUUAAAUUUUGUGUAGGAGUAUGUUCUGAUGGUGCAGCUUCAAUGACAGGAAAACAUUCUGAAGUGAUUACCCAGAUUAAGGAACUUGCACCAGAAUGUAAAACAACACACUGCUUCAUUCAUCGAGAAAGUCUUGCUAUGAAAAAAAUAUCAGCUGAACUAAAUAGUGUGCUUACUGACAUAGUAAAAAUUGUGAAUUAUGUAAAAUCUAAUGCGUUAAAUUCAAGAUUAUUCUCUUUGUUAUGUGAUAACAUGGAAGCUGAUCAUAAGCAACUGUUAUUGCAUGCAGAGAUACGGUGGUUAUCACGGGGAAAAGUUCUGUCAAGAAUGUUUGAAAUACGAAAUGAACUCUUAGUGUUUCUGCAAGGCAAGAAACCUACUUGGUCCCAACUUUUUAAAGAUGUAAAUUGGACAGCCAGACUUGCUUAUUUGUCUGAUGUCUUCAGUGUUUUUAAUGAUCUCAAUGCUUCUAUGCAAGGAAAGAAUGCAACAUGUUUUUCAAUGGCUGACAAGAUUGAAGGACAAAAACAAAAGUUAGAAACUUGGAAAAAUAGAAUUUCUACAGAUUGUUAUGACAUGUUCCAUAAUUUAACAACAAUUAUCAAUGAAGUAGGGAGUGAUCUUGAUAUUGCAUAUCUGCGAAAAGUUAUCAGUGAACAUCUUACAAAUUUGUUAGAAUGUUUUGAAUUUUAUUUUCCAUCAAAAGAAGAUCCACGCAUAGGAAAUUCAUGGAUCCAAAAUCCAUUUCUUUCAUCAAAAGGUAAUUUAAAUUUAACUGUAACUCUACAGGAUAAGUUGUUGAAGCUGGCUACUGAUGAAGGAUUGAAAAUAAAUUUUGAAAAUACAGCAUCCCUCCCUUCAUUUUGGAUAAAAGUUAAACAUGAAUAUCCUGAACUUUCAGAGAUUGCUUUAAAAUCUCUUCUUCCAUUCCCCUCAACAUACCUGUGUGAGACUGGGUUCUCUACGUUAAGUGUUAUUAAAACAAAACAUAGAAACAGUUUAAAUAUACACUAUCCCCUGAGAGUAGCAUUAUCAUCAAUCCAACCUAGAUUAGACAAAUUGACAAGCAAGAAGCAAGCUCACUUAUCACAUUAAAAAUUUUAAAUAUUGAUAUAUAAGUUCAUUCAAAGUAUGCAUGUAGGCAUUUAGUAUGAGAAAUUUGUUAU